GCGUCGUCGCCCCCCAAAAUUUCAGACCAACAUCCCGGAUUCGAAACUCUACUUCCCCAGCAAAAACCCUGUAACAAAGCCCUCAGUAGUCAGUACCCGGCAUCCAUGGCUAUGGAUAUAGAUUCAACGAAACCGACUCAAAUAAAAGACAAAGACCUCUUCAAGGCCGCUGAAUCGGGUAAUUCUGAGCUCUUCAAGUCCCUCUCUGAUGACCAGCUUCUCAAAGCCCUCGCUCUCCGCAACGAAGAUGACCGCUCUCUUCUUCACGUCGCUGUCUCUUCUGCUCACACUGAGAAAUGCAGGCGAGAUGCUUGCAAUGUAGUAGGAAAACAAAUCGUUAGGAUUGUGGGUUCUUAUCAAAACUGACAUAUUGUAGGUGGUAAAGAUAUUGGCUGCUGCUGACUCUUCAAUUAGCGGUAUAAACAGUGGAGAUGAAGAAGGUUGGGUGCCACUGCACUCUGCAGCAAGUAGUGGGAAUAUAGAAAUUGUAGAGAUUUUGCUCAGCAGAGAUAACACAUGGCCUCCUUUUUUUCUCUUGUGGUUGCUUUAGUAUCAGAUGCAUUGAGUGCAGUUCCUGAUAAAGCAUCUAUCUUGACUAGAGAUGCUUCAUUUCGGCAUGAAUUCCAGGAAUCUGUAAUGGUUACUGUGGAAGAUCCUGUUGUUAAAGGCUAUGUUAGUUGUGUAAGGCAUGCUUGGCUUGUACAUUUAAUGUUAAUCCAUGAUGGAGUUGAUGCUCAAGAGACGGGGCCUAUUGUCUCGUCACAUGACCUGCGACACAUUAACACAUGCUUGGAUGUCAUAUUCUCUGACAAUGUUUUCCAGUUUUGGAUGAAGAACAUUCUUCAAACUCCUGCUUAUCAGAACGACGAUGAGGAUAUGGUUUAUAUGUAUAAUGCUUAUUUGCACAAGAUGAUGACCUGCUUUCUGUCUCAUCCUCUUGCCCGAGAUAAGGUCAAAGAAGUAAAAGACAAGGCUAUGACUGAACUUAGUCCAUAUCGCAUGGCCAGUUCUCAUAACCAUAUGGUGGAUAGAAGCAUGCAUGCUCAGAAGACUGAACCAGCACCUCAAGCUUUUAUCUCUCUUUUAGAGUUUGUUAGUGAAAUUUAUCAGAUAGUGGAGAGAGUUGGUUCAUUGAGCUACAAUCAACAAGAGAUUGAUGAAGUUAGAGACACAUGGGCCAAGUACUUCAUUGUUGAAUGGAUUAAUACAUUGCAUUAGUAUGUGAAAUAGUAAUUUGAGAUGUAUGUAUUGCUUUUAUUGCUUUUGGUACAAAGUUUGGGAGAA